AUGAGAGUUCUGAUUGUCGCCGCCGUCCUCGCCUGCGCCGCAGCCGCGCCCUCCGGUCUGCUGGGAGCAUCUUACGGCCAUGGCCUUCUUGGUCACGCCGGUCUUGCGGCAGCCCAUGCGGCUCCGUACGCCCUAGCCGCCCCCCUGGCUGUGGCUACCGCCCCCCUGGCUGUAGCCCACGCCGCCCACGUCGCUGCCCCCGUGGCUGUUGCCCACGCCGCUCACGUCGCUGGUCCCGCUCUCCCCACCAUCUCUCCCGGAGACCUCGCUGGUGCCGCCAUCGACGCCCAUGUUGAAGCUGCCGACCAUGUCCGCGCCGCCGCUGAUGCCGCCCGUGAAUACCAUGACCAGGCCUCCGAGCUCCACGGACAGGCCAUCAACGCCGCUGAAGACCACUCUUGGCAAGCGGUCGACGCUGUGAAGACCGCUGAGGCUCAGUUGGACGGUGCCGCCGCUGGCGCAGCCCCCGUGCUCGCUAAGCAGCUCGCUGGUCACGUCGCCGCUGCCCCCGCCGCUCUCGCGUACGGUGCCGCUCACGGUGUUGCCUACGGUGCCGCCCAUGGCGUCGCCUACGGUGCUGCCCCCGCCGUGGCCUACUCCGCGCCUGCGCUCGCUGCCAGCAAGACUGUAGUUAGCCAGUCCCUAUCCCAGUCCCACCCCGCCCCCGUGGUGCACGCUUCCUUCGGCAUUGCCCACGCCGCCCCCUACGGUGUAGCCCACGCUGCUGCCCCCGUCGCUUACGCUCAUGGACUCCACGGACACACAUGGUAA